GCAGUGUGCACGUUUCCUCGCGAAGGUGCUGUGUGCGAUACGGGCCGAUACUCAGCGAUUCAGUUAUAGACGCUCUCCCUCUCCUGAACAACACAAACAUCUGUUGUCGAAAUGGCUGAUAUUGGAAAGUGGACGGCCGGAGGGAGCUAUGGCCCCGUCCUUACGCAAACCGAUCUCUACCUCCUCCAAACCGAGCUUCAGCUCAACCCGAUCCUCGAGGGCAACUCCGCCUUCCACCUUCUCUUCAACAUCCGCGACGGCCAGACGGGCGGCUUCAACCCCGAGGAUCGCGGGCACGACCUGCCCUUCACCGCCAAGGACGAGCCCGCGACGCUUCCCCGCGUGACCGAUCUGAUCAUCAUCAGCGAGCUCACCCCCUGGUGCACGAUGGUGCACAACGAUCGCGGCGUCACCAUGAGCGACGUCUGCACCAGCCUCUGGAAGGAGUACACGGAGAACUUCAUCACGGAGGGCGAGUUCGCCUGCCUCGCCCCGCGGGUGCAGGAGCAGGUGAAGCGGACUGCAUCGCACGGCCAGGGCGGGGGGAACUGGGGAGGAAUGUACUACACCCCUUCGUCUGCUCCGAACCGGUACAGGCGCGUCGAUUGGCUCCGUGAUAAAGUGUACUUUGAGACGCUCCAGCGCAAGGAUGGCUAUGCGAUCUCCCGUCUGGGCUUCAAGGCACCGAACAUCUUUGUGAUGAGCCUGACUUCGUGAAGCGCUGGUGAUGGCAUAUGUGAUGUUUCAGAUCUAUACUUUUAUUUUCUUGCUUUAUGUCGUUUCUAUAUCUUUGCUCUGUCGAUACCUUCUAUCUCGUCUUGUAGGCCUGAAAUGCAUCCAUGUACUAGCUUUGCUGUAAUCUUAUCUUGGUGACGGAGAUAUCUCGUACCC